CCAGGCCCGCCGCGCUGGGGGGCCGGGGAGGCGUGGGCAGGGGCGGCCGCCCGAUGGCGCUUCCCGGGGGAGGGGGCGGCCUCCCGAGUCCCGCCCCUCCCGUGACAUCAGCGAGGAGGUCCCUCCGAGUCCCUCGCCUGCUUUUCCACGGGCGGGCGGGCGGGCGGAGGGGCGCCGCUCCAGCAGCUCCGUCUGGCCGGCCGAGCGGGCGGACGCGCCGAAGAGGGGCGAAGCCGGGGCAGCCGCGCUGGUACCUGGUUUCCAAAUGUUGAUAACGCAGCAUUUGCGUCAGUUCCUGUAGAGAAGAUGGUCUGUUAGAUCUCAAGAUGGCAGCCCAGAGGAUCCGUGCAGCGAAUGCCAGUGGACUCCCACGGUGCAAGUCGGAGGGGACGCUGAUUGAUCUGAGUGAAGAAUUUUCAGAAACCAGCUUCAGUUCUGUCAAAGUGCCUUCUCCUAGUGCCUUGAUGGGAGACAAUCCUACAUCGUUUGGAAAUGCAAAGGAAGUUGUGGCAAUUAAAGACUACUGCCCAAAUAACUUUACAACCCUGAAGUUCUCCAAGGGGGACCAUCUCUAUGUCUUAGAUACCUCAGGAGGCGAGUGGUGGUAUGCUCACAAUACCACAGAGAUGGGCUACAUCCCAUCUUCCUACGUCCAGCCUGUAAGCAACCGAAACUCUUCAUUAACGGACAGUGGAAUGAUUGACAAUCUGCUUGAAAUCUCAGAUGAGGGAGCCAAGGAAAUCGAUUUGCUUGGCGACUGGGCAGACAUAAAGUGGAGCUUAGCAAAAAACAACCCUUUUUUGAAUAAUGUCCAGACCAACCCUUUUAUGAAUGGGAAUUUACCAAUAGCUCUUGACAGGACCAAGGAGAGUUCCCUCCGAGGCGCAGUGUUGCUCUUUGACACGGGAGUGCCUACAUUGACCGAGUCGAGUUCUGCAACUAACAGCAGCGUAGGCAACCGUCUAGAUGAAGUCCCGUCUAUGAAUGGAUUUGAAUUCGAACAGCCAACCAGGCGGGACAACCCUUUUUUCAGAAGCAAGCGGUCAUACAGUUUGUCAGAGCUGUCAGUGCUGCAAGCGAAGUCAGAAAACCCAGCAUCAUCAGAAUUUUUCAGUGGGUUGAAAUCUCCAACCCCUGAGCAAUUCCAAAGCAGGGAAGAUUUCAGAACGGCUUGGCUAAACCAUCGGAAACUGGCAAGAUCUUGCCAUAACUUGGAUUUGCUAGGCCAGAAUCUUGGUUGGGGUCAGACGCAACCUGUGGAGACCAAUAUCGUUUGCAAGCUGGAUAGCUCCGGGGGAGCAGUUCAGCUUCCAGACACUAAUAUAAAUAUUCAGGUUCCAGAGGGACACGUGGCUGUUGGGGACACCCAGCAGAUCUCCAUGAAAGCUCUGUUGGAUCCACCGCUGGAGCUCAACAGUGACAAAUUCAGUACCAUAAGUCCUGUAAUAGAGAUUAAGCUGAGCAACAUGGAGGUCAGAACGCCGAUCGUACUGGAAGUGAAAGUGUCAGCAGAAGUUAAGAACGACGUCGUGAGCAAGAGUUUGGUAGGACUGCAAUGCUUGAGGAGUGACAUAAAGGAUGGUCCCUAUACCCCAGUGCAGCUAGACUGUUGCUAUGGAGACACAAUACAGGUUCAACUGGAGAACCUGGAGCCUUGUAUGUAUAUCGCAGUUGUGGCCCAAGGGCAGAAUAUUCUAUAUCCUUACACCGUUUGGGAUUAUAUCAGCAAAAAAAUCACAGUUGGAGUCUAUGGUCCCAAGCACAUUCACCCUUCUUUCAAAACAGUGGUUGCCAUCUUCGGACACGACUGUGCCCCAAAGACGCUCUUAGUGACUGAAGUUACACGGCAAGUACACAGCACGGCACCUGUGGCGCUGCAGUUGUGGGGCAAGCACCAGUUCACUCUCGGGAGGCCGCAAGACCUAAAGAUUUGCAUGUUUUCAAACAUGACUAAUUAUGAGGUGAGAGCCAGCGAGCAGGCCAAAAUGGUUAGAGGCUUCCAAAUGAAACUGGGGAAGGUCAGCCGGCUCAUUUUCCCCAUCAUGUCUCAUGACCCGAAUGAGCUGUCUGAUUUCACGUUGAGAAUACAAGUCAAAGAUGACAAAGAUACCCUUCUGACUCAGUUUUGUGUCCAAACACCACAGCCACCUCCGAAAAGUACGAUCAGGUCCACCGGACAAAGGAGGUUCCUGAAGAAGAAUGAGGUUGGGAAAAUAAUAUUGUCUCCUCUUGCAACCACCAGCAAAUAUCCGGUGUUCCAGGAUCGGCCAGUGUCAAGCUUAAAAUAUGGGAAACUGCUAAAAACUGUGGUACGGCAAAACAAGAACCAUUACCUCUUGGAAUAUAAGAAAGGGGACGCCAUAGGUUUGCUAAGUGAAGAGAAAAUCAAACUGAAAGGUCAGCUCUGGACCAAGGAAUGGUAUAUUGGUUACUAUCAGGGUAAAAUCGGUCUUGUCCAUACCAAAAAUGUUCUAGUUGUCGGAAAAGUAAAGCCAAAUAAUUUCUACGGACCUGAGCUUACCACUCAUACGUUGCUCGAUCAGAUCUUGAGGCCUUGUAAGUUUCUCACCUAUAUUUAUGCUUCAGUAAGGACUUUGUUGAUGGAAAACAUUAGCAGCUGGCGCGCCUUUGCAGAUGCUUUGGGGUAUGGCAACUUGCCACUGACUUUUUUCUGCCGAGCAGAACUGGACAGUGAGCCAGAAUGCGUGGCUUCUGUGUUGGAGAAACUGAAAGAAGACUGUAAUAAUUCGGACAAUAAGGAUAGGAAAUCUUUCCAGAAAGAACUGAUGUCAGCCUUGCUGAAAAUGGACUGCCAGGGCUUGGUGGUCAGAUUAAUUCAAGAUUUUGUGCUCCUGACUACGGCUGUGGAAGUGGCCCAGCGCUGGAGAGAGCUUGCAGAGAAACUGGCCAAGGUUUCCAAGCAACAGAUGGACGCCUAUGAAGCGCCCCAUCGAGACAAGAGCGGCACGGUGGAUAAUGAGGCAAUGUGGAAACCAGCCUAUGACUUCAUGCUAACGUGGAGCAAUCAGAUGGGAGACAGCUACCGUGACGUUACUCAAGAGCUUCACACAGGUCUGGAUAAAAUGAAGAAUCCAAUCACAAAGCGCUGGAAACAUCUCACAGGGACUCUAAUCUUAGUCAAUACCUUGGAGAUACUACGGGCAGCUGCCUUUAGCCCCCAAGAAUGCGAGGACUAUGCCAUCUGAUGGGCGCCUGAGACCUUAUCCCGACUGGAUGCUGUUUAACUCAACAGUGUGCAAGAGACUGAAACAGGUCCAAAAAGCCAAAGUUUGAGGGCAGUGGUUUCAGGGCUUGGAGUGCAAACAUCUCAAACAUCUAUAUCCCUUUGGCCGAAGACGCCCAAGACUACAUUGUCUUCUGUGCUGUGUGGUUGAAAGCUCUUCUUAAUUUGUAACUUUUAAAAUGGAACUUUUACAAAAAAUUUUGAAAAUCUCAGACUUCUCAAGAGCAACAGAAAGUCACUUUAGGGAGGAGUUACUGGUUUUAUGUGACAUGAAGAACACUUUCACCCCUUUUUAAAAAAUUAUCACUUUGAAGAUGGUGGAGUUGUGUUGAUACAAAGCACAGCCUGAUGCCUGCGAAUAUUUGAAAUGUAAGGUGUGGCUCUGACAACUGUUUAUAAAUCAAUGUGUUUAAUCCUACUAUUUCCUGUGAUCCUACCAGUGUUAUAGCAGUUUCCCACAAUUGUUGAUGACUUUUUGUAAAGCAGAAAAUACACACUCUGCCAUUAACCAAGUUUUGUAACCCCCAACUUAGGAUUGCAUUUUAACACCCUAGCAAAAGGGUAUACUUCACUUCUCUCUUCUACAGAUCAUGCUGAGAAAGAAGCAGAAAUUAUUUCAAGUUAUGGGAGUUUCCCUUUUAAUGGAAAUAAAUUUUAAUGGAUGAUAUUUCACUACGCUUUUUUUCCGAAACACAAGUGUCUUAGCCAGCUGCAACUUGAAAUGGCCCUCUUCGGAAGUUUACACUUUCUGGAUGUCUUUUUAAAAAAUAUAUAUAGGGGAAAUAAUGGGUGUUCCAUGGUUGGUUCUGGAUUGCGCUAAGGUGAAGGUUUGGGGUUAUUUGUCUCCAAGUUGGUACACCUCGGUCAGCACCGUACUACGGAGUGGAGUCACAAAACCUCAUUUUUUUGUGAAUAUGGGUCUGUUAGGGAGAGGAGGAGGCUAGAACCUCACUCUCAUUUAUGGAGUUGGGGGUUGAAGGAGGAACAUUCUGUCAUGUGAACACUCCCAUGCAGUCUGAAGUCGUGUAGCCCAGACAGACCCACAGAGUGAUUUGAUCAGUAAAAAUGUUGGCUUUGAGAGCGCUUGCUCAUGGCGUAAUUCUGUCCUGGUGUAGCCUGGAAUUAAAAUAGCCCCACCUUUCUGACUUUUAUGCCUUAUUCAAUGGGUCUAUCAAAAAGAGUUUAGCAAUACUACAUUCAAACAAGCCCCAUGUCCACCUUUCCACGUCAAAAGAUUUCAUGUGGUGUUACUUAGUUCCCGAAAGAGAAUCUCUCCAAAUGAAAGCACAUUUCUUAAAUCUCUUAAACAGUGAGGGUGCUAUUUAAAUAUGGUGGAUGAAAAAAAAUUUCAGUCGAAACUGAAACUGAAACUUACAUAUUCAUGGGAAUAUGUAAGAUCUGCUUCCAUCACUGUGGGUAUUAGACCUCACCAAUGAUAUCUGGUGUGGGGAGAUCACUGGGCUGUGCAAGCUAACUUGUGCACAGUCAUACUUUGGUUAGGGUGGCCGGUGCCCCUCUUGCCUGCCCCACUACAGGGGUCUGAAGAUCCAGUCAAGUGUCCUGUGAGGAAAUAUGUCUUCCCGCCUGGAGGCUUGCUUCCUGGAACCUGACAUCAUUGUACGUGGAAUGACUGGAUGAUUAGUGUUUAAACAUCUUUCCAAAAUAAUACUAACCCAUUCAAUAGGACAAUUUAAUCUCCUUCCUGAGUCAGUCACAGCAAUCACUAUAUGUGUAAUUUCAGCCAGGUUGACCUUUCAAACAGUUUUCUUUAUGCACUACGAGUUGGUUAUCGGCAGUUCCAGGAUUUUAUGAAAUUGGAAUCUAGCUUGUUGGAAAGGCAUUCCCGUUGUUUUUCACAUGUGUUGAUUUUUGGAGAGUACCUGGAAUGCUUUUUUUUAAAGCUAGCUUUCAGAAGGCUUCCCAGCCCUCAUUCUUGGCUCUGUCCAAUGAAAAGCAUCUUAACAAUUUUUUAAUUUAGCAGAAGAGACUGAAGGAGAUUCUUGUUUAAUUUUUUUCAUGUUCACUUAGCCAUAUUUGUAUCGUGUACCAUUGGAACAAAGUUUCUGAACUGUUUCCCCCCCUCCUUCCAUGCCAAAUCCAAAUCAACACACAACAUAGAAUAAGAAAUUAGGAAACAAGACAUUGCGUACACCUUGAAAGUAUAUAACGCAGACCGGAGAGUCAAGACUGUUACAGCAGCUUUGAAUAUUUUUUUUUGGCUAUGGUUAUAUUUUGGCUAUGGGUGCUUCUCUUUCCUUAAAAUGUUUUGCAGAACUGAAAACGAUGAUCCAUGAGUGGUCAGUCCACAUCACUAUGUGCACCAUAAACUGAGAGGAUGUCAUAUGUAUGACAUGCACAGAUCCGUAAAUUGAUCGGAGAGUUCAAGACACGCUUGUAUGUAAACGUUCUUGCUGUUUGUACGAGGGCUGUCCCAAGAUAGCCUCGUUCUACAUCUGGAUCUGUGAUGCCAAUCUUCUGCCUAUUCGUUUCUAGGGAACUUGAUACAAGUAACCUGAUCUGGUCUGGAUUUAAUCACAAAAUCAGAGUGCCGAUGAGUGUAAGGGCUGGAUCACUUCGUUACAAAUGAAGUUUUAAUUAAUUUAGAGUUUUGUGGGUUGGAGAUUCCAACUCCUAAAACUAGUCUGAAAAUUUCACAGUAUAUCGGGGAGGGGAGGUUAGUUUGCCUUGUUUCUGCCAUUUUUUUCUAACUACCUCAAGGGUUGCACACCUGUUCAUGCUUUGGCAAAGACUAGAGGCUUCCUUAGAUGACUUCUUUCCCUUCCGUGGAGACCUGUUGAAUCACAGCAGCAGCUUUUCUAGAUUAGUUGGUGCAAUUGCCGUGUGAUCUGUUUUGUUUGAACAAUUGUUUGAACAAUUCCUAGGAUACAGUUGGAGCUGUGUGCAUCUCCUGCCAUAUGCCUUUGACUCAAAGUAUGCCUUUACAAGCCUGCUUUGGAUUUUAAAUGAAUACACUUUACAGUAGUUGGUUUAUUGUACAAUUUUUAAAAAUGUUGUCGAACAAUACAAUUAAAGCAGAUGUUUGAAUAUC